CAGAUGAAGACGUGUUUAAACUUUAAAGUUAUGAUAAUUGAAAAGGAAAGAAAAUCACGAGAUCGUCACUCACAUCACAUACUUUAGAAACAGUAUAAAUAAAAAUUGAAUUAGGGUUUCUUUUUGAACCGUGAUGCAAUGUCUUCCAUUAAUCCGACUUCAUCUUCACCAAGUUACAAUUCUCUCCCUACAAACUCACCUUCCCCAUUUCCCCCACGCGCCACCGCACCCUCCAACUACCCCACGCGCCGCCCAUGGGAAAGCUUCUUCUCUCUCCAAUCCUUCACUCCCCCUCACUCCCUCAACGAAUCGACUCACCGAAUGAAACGCAACCUCAACCAUUUCCGCAUUAACUACGCUGCAAUAAUCCUCUUCAUCCUCUUCCUCAGUCUUCUCUGGCACCCGCUCUCCCUCAUCGUCUACCUCGCCGUCUUCGCCGCGUGGUUCUUUCUCUUCUUCUUCCGUGAUCGUCCCGUUGUCUUCCUCCGGUUCUCCGUCGACGACCGCUUCCUCCUCGCCGCACUCUCGUCCCUCACUGUCGUCGCGCUUGUUUUUACCGGUGUUUGGCUCAAUGUCUUGGUGUCGGUACUCGUUGGUGCUGUGGUGGUUGUUUUGCAUGCGGCUUUUCGGAGUAUUGAUGAUUUGUAUUUAGAUGAAGUAGAGAUCUUCGAUGGAGAUUUGCUUUCUGUUGUUGGUGGUAGUUUCUCUACCAAUCGAGCAGGGUACACUAGAAUAUAAUUACAGAUUACAUUGUUGUUUGUGUUUAUCUCUUUCAAUUGCAUUUUGCAUAUAUAAUAGUAGAAAAAUUGAGUCUCUUUGUUCUGUAUUUGAUUGCACAAAAAUGUGAAAUGAUAACAUAAUUGAUAAUUGUGUUAUCAAUGCUGUUAGUUUGUAAAUUCUUUAUUAGAUUCAAUGGAAGCAUUCAUUGUGUA